AUGAAGGCAUCGGACCACUUGGGUCUUGAGGUGGGUACACCUGCAACCCAAAACACCUGGCUGGGGACUUGGAAAAUAGAAGAGGAAGGGCACUCCUCGAAGAAAUGCGAAUUCAUUAGGAAUCUGUUCUUACAGUUGCGGAACUUGAUGAAAGACUCUGCGCAAGAGUGCUGGAACGAGCUUGACCUUGCGUAUGAAUAUGCGGUCAGUCCGAAAGGUGCUCUGAAUCACGCGAAGCAUCUGCUGUCUCUGUAUCCUUCCUCAAUGCACUUGUGGGACCUAUAUGCAGACCUUGAACAAGCGCUUGGAAAACUGGACGCCGCUCGAAGGGUCUAUCAAAUACUGUUUAAGAACCCAACAGCCUCUCCAGCGCAGACUCAACGACUUUGGUAUAAGUGGGCAACAUUAGAAUGGAAGGAGGGCGCUAUGGACUCCGCGAUCACAAUCUUAUGCCAGAGUGUUUUAGGAGGGGAUGGACAGACACUCGUGCGAAUGUUGAAGGCGAAGCAGAUGCUCUCGUCAAUGUAUGCUACGCAUCCCACGGUCUGGGUCAUGCAGACCAGAGCACUGCUAACAUACUUGACCUCCUCUGAUCUGACGGAGACCCUCGACGUGUUGAGCCUCCAACCGCAUGCAACAGAAGAACUUCAUGCUGCGAGAAGCAGGUUUCUGCUGGAUUUGGCCAGGAAUCGUGGCGCUGCUCCGAUUCCUCCUGCCGCUCUGCGGGGUCUUCUAGAGCAAAGCGCGAAAAUUUAUCCAGACAACCCCUCAAUUCUUUCGGCGUUCGCAGCGAAUGAAAGUCGUGAGACUAUACGGGGUCGUGUUCAUCGCCUGUUUGAAACGCUUUUGAACGAAACGUGCUGUCACCAGUCUUUAGAAUUUUGGUCGACGGCGGUAAUGUCGGCUACGUCUGUGCAUGAGAAGCGAGAAUGGCUCGAUCGAGGGGUUCGCGACGAAAUGGCAUGCAGAAGCUUAUUCCUUUGGCAGCAGUACGUGCAGCUGGAGCUGGAAAACGGACGAGUUCGAGAGGCCAAAUCUCUUCUCUACCGUGGAGUCUCCGAAUGCCCGUGGUCUAAAGACCUCUAUCUUAUUGCAUUCCACGACCUCAUGAGACCCAACUUUGAAACACAGGAGUUGAUUCGAUGGAUCGAUGUCAUGGUGGAGCGGGGCCUCAGGCUACGGGUAGAGUGGGCCGGUAUUGCCGAAGACCAUAGUGUGGACCAGGGAGCGAUUCAGGCAUGGGAAGACGACACAUUCGACGACGCAGAGUGGGCCUCGAACGAACGACAGCGUUUACUGCCGUAUUAAGAUGCCGAGGAUUGGCUGGAAUUGAUGCACAGUGGGAGGUUUACG